AUGAAUAUUUUCUUGAAAAUUACAAAUACAAAUAUAUUUUUAACUACAAAGGCAUUUUACUUUCAAAUAUUAUCAAAUGAAAUGUUUUCAACAGUUGUGAUAUUAUGUGAUAUUUUGGGAUUUUUAUGCAUUUUACUCAAUUUAUUCAUAAUUACUAUUAUAAUUAAGCAUCGCAAGCGUAUUUUACGUAAUGUCUUCUACAUUAUGGUAUUUCAUUGUUCUAUAGUGGAUUUGUUACGUGGAUGUUGCUUAAUUAUUUGGGGAUUACCUCAUAUUGUUAUUGGUAAUCAUACUUCUAUCCACGAUCGAUUAUUAUUCACCAUCGUAAUACUUCGUUCAUGUAAUUUGCUUACGAUAUUUAAUUUACUGAUAUUUACUUGUAAUGAAUAUAUAGUAAUACGCUAUCCAUUGCUGUACAGACGUCACUUUAAAAGACAAAUUCUUUGUUACGUUUCGAUAAUGUGUACAAUACGACGUAUCCGUAAUGAAGUUUUCUUGAAUUCAGGUCACGUAAUUAUAAAUAUAACAGUUCAUUUGGUCAUAACAAAAAAAUCAUCUUACAGUAAUAAACAACGUCGUCACUGGAAAACGCAUUUAAUGUCAAGGCAUAAAUAUUUGAUCGUAAUCGGUACUAUUCUAUUCGUUUAUAUAUUAUUCCUGUUUCCUUAUUCUGGAAUGCAGCUAUUAGCAUUUCUUCACCUUAGUAAUAUUCUUGUAUCUCCAUUUCGUUCUGCGGUCAUCAGAUGGAGCUUACAAAUUCUAAUUGGUAUGCAUGCUGUAUGUCAACCUUUAUGUUAUUUUCGAAUGGUUGAAUUUCGCCGAUUGGCUUGUCAUAAAAGAAAGACUAAAGUUCAACAAAAUUUUUAUUCAAGAGAUCCUAAUAAGUCUGGUGAUAAUACUAUACAAAUUACGUUUGCACGUGUUACGUGA